AAUUCUCGCUUGUCUGAGAGAAGUUUGAACGAGAUCUGGUCUGGAGUGAUAAUCAUCACUCAUCUGAAGGAGAACAUCCCUCGCUUGUCGGGUCCUCCGCAACUUCCCCUAAACCCGUCUCCUCCCUCAAUAAAUUGACGCUUCAAGAGCAACAAUUAAGCCAACCACUGGCUACUCUGGUCAGGCUGAACUCUGCCGUUGCAACACCGCCUAAAACCUGAAGCGACGAGACCAAAUACCGGUUGAGUGCGGAUGAUCACGGCCUGUGAUUGGUCGAUUGACUGCUUUACAUCUCGCUCAAGGUGUCUUCGUGGACUGACUACGAGGAGACUGACAGAGGGUCGGAGGAGAUAGAGGUAGUAAAUCCAGCCGACUCUGCCCGACCAGGAAGCCCAUAAAAUCCGGUCUAACGAGCCCACAAAUCAAUCGCUUAAAUGAGCUCAAUGUUUUUGAACUCACUAUUCACCAAAUACCAACCGGGUGAAGCGUGGUUUCCUAGUGGCUUCGAUCCCGCGGCGAGCGUUGCCAGCAGAAACUGUAAGACGGGACCCGGAGACCCCGCCGUGGCGGCGGGUGCCUCCUCCGUGGGGUGGAGAGGGAUGCACGCGGGUACCGCGGCUGGACAUUACCCCUCUUUUGAUUUCACGAACUCCAAUUACUACACCUCUGUCGCCAACACCCCCUUCAGCACAUCAUAUGGGUACCAGGCUUGCGGUUUUGCCUCCACUUGCCCGCAGGUCCAAGUCCAGGGUGGGGGCUACACGGACCAGUAUACCACCUACCCGCAUCAUAAUGGGUACACCACGCCCAAUGUUGCGGCUUACCCUACAACAUGGAGUCCCUCCCAAAAAGACACUGGGUUUGUGAGUCCGGUGAGCGGGGCCUUUAUCGGGCCUGGGCCGGACAUCGCCCUACAGAGCCAUCACGAAGGAAAGGUUCUCGACGGCCAUCUCGAUUCCAAAGGCGAUGAUGGGGAUAGUGAACCGGUCUAUAAAGGUCCCGUCUACAACUGGAUGAAAAUACCAGGUACCCACAUCAUCGGUACGGAUCGCAAACGCGGUCGCCAGACCUACACCCGAGCUCAGACGCUGGAGCUGGAGAAGGAGUUCCACUACAAUCGCUACCUGACGCGUAAGCGACGCAUCGAGAUCGCCCAGGCCGUGUGCCUCUCCGAGAGACAGAUCAAAAUCUGGUUCCAGAAUCGACGGAUGAAGUGGAAGAAGGAACGAGUACGGGACGGUGCCGGCGAUGAGGAGGACGACGAUGCAAAGGAAGGCGAGGGCGAUGACGCCAAAAGCUGCAGCAUAAAGGAGGAUGAGGACAAUGAGGUGGACUCGGAUAAGGACCAGGGAAGUCAUUAACGUCAUCGUCAUCGUCGUCGUCACCGUUAGUGCGAUCUUUUUUCCUCUUCAUGAACACUUUCUUCACCAUGUGUAUUUUUCUUGUUUAUGGGAAUCAUACUCACUUUUACCGUCAGCGUCGAUCUGCAACGAUAUUGCCCUUGAAAAGUCGUAACUAAAAGAUGUCUCCGAAUCUGAAGGGAACGUCGGGUAAUUCUUUUUAUGUUACGCUCUUUUCGUAAUUUAGCAUUAUGAUGUAUUUAUGAUAAUGAAAUUAGAUAAUAUUAUUCAAGAAAUGUUCUCAUACCAGUAGCGAUUUGGGAUUUGACGUUAUUCUACCAAUUGCAUAAUGCAUAGGUGUUUUGUAAUUUUCUCUUUUGCUUACUAACUUACUAUUCAAAAUAGUUUGGUUGUUAUUUUGGAAUGCAUCCAAAGUAAAUAUGUAUUUGAGUUUCCAAAGGCAGACAAUUAUCAAGGAGAACAAUAACAGAGGAGGUCUUUCAUGAUAUCACAUUUAGAAUGAAGGUGUAUCAUUUUACACUGUUUUCCUCCAAUAUUUAUAAAUGCAUUCUCUUUUUGCCAAUCGAAGCACGAAGAAAAGACAAAUGGAAACAAGAACAUGUUUUCAUCUUUAUCUGUCCUUAACGCUGCAUUUUUUAAUACAUUCUAAAAUUUCCAAUUCUAAACUCUUAACGACACGUUAGGUGUCACCUUUCAUUCUUGAUAUUUAUUUCUACUUUUAUCAAUAUUUGAUCUUGUUAGUAGAGAAAGGUAUGGUGCAUGUUCUUACUUUCAAAUAUAUAUCUUUUUUAGAUAACUAAUGGAGAUUAAAUAAAUGAACAUGUAUGCAUUCUUCUCCGCUAUAUGGCGAACACAAUUUAAUAUCAUAGUGAUUCACAAAUGAAAUGUCUGUAUUCCAAAAUUUCCUUUCUUAAGAAAAUCAUGAAGCAGUCUAAUUGAAUAUUACGCAUAUACCCAACAUCCUUGAGUAAUAUAUGAUUAUUAACUGGUUUCGUAUCAUAUUUUCUUUCUACGAUAAGAAUUUUAAAACGAUUUGCAUACAGGUCGACAUUUUCCUAAGACAAAGCGGUGCCUAAAGCCUCUUUGAACUGUCAAAUUCAGUUAGAAGAAUAUUGAACACAGUGAUCAAAAAGUAUGAAUUGUUCAUUUAUAUAUCUGAGAAUGAAAAAGAAAUAUACCUCCAAAGUGAGACAAUAUCAGUGUAUAUUAUUCAAAUAAGAAAAAGGAGUUAUUUCUUAACCAUGUUAAAGCAGCACUCCAGUAAUUAGAUGAGUGAUAUGGGUGCUCUGUCAUCUGUUCUGGCGGGGUUUGGGUUAGGGUUACAAUUGGGGUUGAAGAAGGAUUGGGUUUAGGUAUUAUGUUCAGUCAAUGAGCACGGAGCAAAACAUGGCAAAUAUAGUCCAAAACUUCUUGUAACAUUUUAAACGGUAUUCCAAUAUGUCCAACUUGAUUUUCAAAAGCUAGAGUGCACCAAAAAAACUUGACUAAUAUGAUGGCAUAACUAUAGCAUUCAAAGAUAUAAUACAGUUUUCAUAUUUUGUCAAUUUCCAGGACCCUUCUUUGUCGUUUUUUGUCGGUAAUUUCGAGAUCAGUGAACAUCUCAUCUGUAAAUAACAUAACAUGUCGUUCACCUAAAGAUCUAGAACUGGUUAAAUCUUUUCAAAAUGUUAUUGUAAAACAUUUGAAGGGACAUAUUCCUUGUAUUAUACUCGUGUUGUAAAUAAAGUACGGGAUAUGCGUUGUUUAAA